AUGGACCAGCCAUCCAUUUACGUAGGCAAAGGCCCAGGGGUGGACAAGGCUUGGGAGGCCAUCACAGGCGAUGUCGGCGAUCAGAUGGUAUCGAAAGAUGAGGCCCUUCGGCUUGGGCUAGCGCCAGACUCCAUGACGAUAAAGCAUCCCGUCACAGGCGUUGAAGGAUUCCGCGUAGGCAUGGAAGUCUUUCACCAACUCCACUGCCUUAACCUUCUCCGCCAAUUCUCCUUCAAGGAGUAUUAUUCUCAUACUGGGGGCGACGUGGAAACGGACGAGGAGGACUUGAGAGGCCAUAGCGACAUUGGCGUCUUCAGCUUCCGUCAUUUUGAAGGGAGUGAGGGCCAUUGGCCGGAUUACGCCACUACGCAUACGUGCCGCAACUUUGACAAGAUUAGAGAGUGGGCUACUGAGAAUGCCGUGGCUCUCACUGAGGCUGGGCUCCCCGCAGGGUGCAUCAACUUCCUCCCCUGCAGUCCGGAGCGAGCACCAGAAAUUACUGGAUUUGCCGUGAAGCACCCGAAAGUUCGCCACAUCAACUUUACAGGCAGCGAGCGCACCAUUAUUGCUGGCUGGGCGGCGUCGUGUCUAAAAAAGUGCGUCUUCAAACUUGGUGGAAAGGCUCCUGUGAUUGUCCGCCAGGAUGCCAACAUCGAUGAUGCUGUAGAGGCGAUUGUGUUCGGCGGUCUCGCCAACAAUGAAGGUGUAACUAGGGAUAUGGACCUAGACCAUAAAGAGUCCUUUGGCCCUGUCAUGAUACUCAUAGAGUUCGAGACGGAUGAAUCUGCUGUCCAGUUGGCCAACGAUAGUGAAUUCUCUCUCUGUGCGAGCAUAUUCUCCUGCAACGUCAUGAGGGCCAUGGACCUAGCCAAGGAGAUUCGAGCUAGUAGUUGCCACAUGAACGGGCCAACCGUGUAUAUCGAACCGACGCUGCCCAACGGAGGAGUCGGCGGGAGCAGUGGCUAUGGUCGUUUUGGUGGAAUUUCCGGUGUGGAAGAGUUUACGGAAAGGAAGAUAAUCAGUUUGGCACAGCCGGGUAUGAAGUACAAUUUCUAA